AAGGCCUUUUGGUUUAUAUUUCUUUGAACAUAGUACUAGUGUCUUUUUUAAAAGAUGAAGAAACACAAUUGGGGUGCCACUGCUGAACUACUAAUUAAUGUUACUACUACUACUAUUAUUACUUCUACUGAAAUUGCUGUCAUACACAUUGGUAAAGUGUGACCGAGGCUUAAAGGGGUAAUGUUUACAUGGGUUAAGUCUCGGUCACACUGCCCAUAAAUAUCUGUGGGAUCCCAUCCAUAUUGAUGGAGUGGACACGACAGACUGCAGUGACUGCACGUGCUCACCAAGGAACCAGUGGGAACUUGUGUGUUACUCCUCCUUGAAGAAAAUUUCUGCAUUUUCGGCCUUAAUUUUGCAAUACGGCAGAAUGAAAAACAGUGACUUGGCCCGUGCCAGAUCCCUACUUUCCAUCACUGUAUGUCUCGCCGCAUAUGAAUACUUGAAGAAACCAAGGAAAUCCAAAAGGAAAACAUGGGUGAAAUCCUGGAUGGCAAGAAAAGAAAGAACUACAACAACUUAGUAGCAGAAAUGGUACUUGAAGAUACUCAGGGGUUCUUUGAUUUCCACCGAAUGCCCAAAGAGUGCUUCAAUGAACUUCUCCAACUCAUAUCUCCGUUGAUUGAGAAGCAGGAUACCAAACUCCGGAAAGCAAUACCAGCCCAGCAACGCCUGUCUGUCACGCUCCGGUACUUAGUUACAGGUGAAUCACGGAGAUCCUUGGAGUUCCAGUACCGAAUCAGCCAUAAUUUAAUAUGAAUUAUUCCACAAGUCUGUAGAGCUCUACGUGCAGUUCUUAAGGACAAGUACUUGAAUUUGCCAACAACUACAGACCAGUGGGAAAAUGUAGCAAGUGAAUUUUAUAGGCUGUGGAACUUUCCAUUGUGUAUAGGGGCCAUGGAUGGAAAACGGUUCCUUGUGAGGAAACCACUCAAUUCUGGCUCUGAGUAUUAUGACUAUAAGUUACACCACAGUAUCAUCAUGCUUGCUGUAGUUGAUGCACACUAUAAUUUCUUAUAUGUGGAUGUGGGUACCCAAGGUUGUGCUAGUGAUGCAGGUGUAUGGGAUUGCUGUUCACUUAACAACUAUCUACAGGAGAACAAGCUGCAAGUGCCUGAUUCCACAGUAUUGCCGUUUACUACCUCCAAGUCCCCUUAUGUUCUCGUUGGGGAUGAUGCAUUUCCAUUAAAGACAUUUCUCAUGAAGCCUUAUGCAGGUAAAGAUGUACCAAUGCCUGAAAAAAUUUUCAGGCAUUAUAGACUUUUGCGUGCACGACGUGUAGCUGAAAAUGCUUUUGGUCUUUUGACAUCAAAAUUUAGAGUAUUUUUGCAGCCUAUUAUUUCAAAGCCAGAGUAUGGCAAAGAUAUAAUUUUUGCUGCUGUGGUUUUACAUGACUUCUUGAGAACCAGUUGUGGCAAACCGGUUCAACCUGAACUUCUUCAAAGGGAAGACACUGAGAGAGGUGUAGUGAGGCUAGUAUCAUGGGAGGAGUUGCAAGGAAGGGGAGUUGGAAGGCUGGAGGUAACUGCUAGGAACCCAACCCAGGAGGCUAAAAGAGUUAGAGACACCAAGGAGUAUUUCAUGAACAGAGGAAGGGUAGAUUGGCAGGAAAGAAUGGCGCUGUAUCAUUGAAAGGAGGACACUUAUUGUAAGCCCUAUUGUCUUUAAUCUUAAUACUAACUUUACCAAUGUGUAUGACAGCAAUUUCAGUAGAAGUAAUAAUAGUAGUAGUAGAAACAUUGUUUAGUAGUUCAGCAGUGGCACCCCAAUUGUGUUUCUUUAUCUUUUAAAAAAGACACUAGUACUAUGUUCAAAGAAAUAUAAACCAAAAUGCCUUUUCCAUUGUUUUAUUUAUCAAAGUUAUGUUUAAGUUUCUCCUUGAUUACAUUCAUUCAUACUUUCAAAAAUGAGACUUUGUACUUUGGUUACAAGCCUGUCCUUUAUAUAUUUUUUAUUAUCUGGAAUAUACUGGAAGCAUGUAUUGAGGAGGUCUGUCACAUCAUAGCGUGACUUGGGCAAAGUUUCUUGCUUUGCACUCUCAUGCCAUGCAUCAAUUUUAUGAAUGCAUGUCAUGAGAAUGUUUUGUAACUCGUCAUUGUUCUCAAUCUUCCUCUUCCGCGCAACCUUGGGAGUGGAUGCUUGUAGGCUGGGAUGGGUGGAUAGUUGCUCCCACAGUCAAUGAGGAAGUGUUUGUCAACAGGAAGAAUUUUCAUUAAUGCAUUUGUGGUUAGAUACAGCUGUUAAUAGUGAUUUGGUUGUGGUUAGAACUAUCUGUUUAUACUUUGUUGUGAUUUAGCUGUGGUUAGAAUAACCUGUUUAGAGUAAUUAUUUUCACCUGUUUAUAAUUAGUCAUGUUUAAAUUCAGCUGUUUAUAGUUUGUUGAGGUUAGAAGUACCUCUUCCAUAUUUAUUUUCACCCUUUCAUAAUUUGUUCUGAAUAGAUUUAGCAGUUUAUAGUUCCUCCACAGCUGUCUACCCAGCUUGCGUGAAGUCCAUACAUGAAUGGCGGUGCGUGCAUCUAGCAGAGCUGUCAGAUGCAGGGAGAUUUCCCUGUUUUAGGAAAAUUUAGGUCUCAACAGGAAAACAGGGAAGAAAAUUCAAAAUGUUCCAAAAUCUAGGGAAAUUUUGACCAACGGACUCACACCCUUCAUCCGCAGUCCUCACCCUUGUCCUCCUCCCAUCCUCUUCACCCGUCAUCCGUACAAUAAUUAUUUGUAUUAAUUUUUAUCAAUUA